AUGGAAUCUCUAAAUUUCCUUCUAACAGUAUUUUUCCCUGCAAUUCGCAAGAUAACCAAAUGUAUUAUCAACGCGUGUAUGAUUCAGUAAUGUUUAUCCCUGUAUCGCAGUGUUUGCUACAGACAAAUUUAAUUGCCAAACCAGGGGACGGAUGGGAAAUAAAAUCAGAAUAAUAUGCGACAUUCUUCCCAUUAGACACAAAUGAUAACGUACGCACUUCCUGCGCAUGUCUAUAGAAUAAUAUUUGAGCGACUAAUUUUGUUUAUUGAAGACACCGCUCAUUCUAUCAUAACAAUGAUAAUAUUUUAGUGUCAUUUUUCACAGGGUGUGAUUUAACCGUGUGAGUAAAGUUUUAAAAAAAUACUAAACAUGAUUGUUUCGUAUAACAAGUACUUUUAUUUGGCUGUACAGAUUUUUUUUACUUGUACAUAUAUCCCUUUGUAUGCUGAAAAUGUUAUAAAUGUCCUUGAUGUUGAAAUAAGGUUGCCAAUCAAUCAAUCAAUGAAAUAAGGUUGCCAAUCAACGUUGAAUCCACGUUAAAGCAACGUUGAGAUUUGUUUACAAAUCGACGUCGUACAUUUAACCAUGAAUGAACGUUAAUUCAACGUUUGUUGGCUGCUGUUGAACCAAUGUUUGUAAAACAACGUCAGAGCAACGUAGAUAUUAGGUUGUCGACGUCGCAACCUUUCAGUUUUCUACCAAAUUUCAACAUUGAAGCAACGUCGUGUGCCCGGUGGGAUCCGCCAUCUUGAGCGCGUUUACAUGUUCAAUUGUACUAGAUGAAAAUGUUUUAAUGAAAAAUGGGGGGAAGGUUAAUUUGGAGUAAAAUGCGCUACUAAAAACUAAAAUAUCGGCCGUAUUGAAUUGUCACUGUUACCAUAUCACUGGCAGUGUCGUCAUUUUUAUAAAUUCUGCCAACUUUUAGAAUGCUCUUCCACAUAAAUCAUAUAAUUUUCGUUUCCUAGCAAGUAAUAAUACCUCAGAAAGUUCGAUCUAAAUAGUAAAUUUCCCAUGCAUAUCUCAAAAAUUGUGGCGAGCCACCUUUAUUUAGAAGAUCAACAAGAUUUGGGAAAGCACGCGCGGAAUAUGCAAAAUUACUUCCUUUCCGUUGGGGGAGUGUUGAUGUGUAAAUUAAAGUGUUUUUCUAAGGCUAUUAAUUGACGCGACGUGUGACUCCAUAAUCCGGCUGGCAAUGACGUAAGUCCUAGUGAGUUCAAGUUUUCAGUUUCAAAGACCCAAAGAGAGACGGCCUUGCUGUGAGUUGAAUUUAAAACACAAGAGCUUUUUAAGACGCGGUUGUCGAAUCGACAUCAAACAAGUGAAGACUUUUAGCAAUAGAAAAAACUCCUUCUGCACAGGUAAAAUUUCGAUUUUUAUUCUUCUUAAUAAUUGUAUACAUAUAGUUUAUAGUGUUUGUGUUUUAUUCGUAUAGCUUUGAUGCGCAGCGUGCGUUUAUUUCCUCGAGGUGUAACGAGUAUUUAAACGACUUGGUAUAUGGGCUAGUGCAAUUUGGUGACUUGUGUGGUACUAGAUUUAUUAAAUUUGACUAUAACCAUUAUAAAUAAAUGACGCGAAGUAACCGACUGAUUUUACAAUCCAUUGAGAUUAUCUUUUAAAGGUAGCGUUUAUCAUUUACAAUCGAUAACUGACAAAUCGUCGGGAGGCCAGGAAAAACCUUAUCCCGUGAGGAAUCUCGAUCGGGGGCUGUUGACUCGUGAACAGUAAUAAGAUAAGAAAAAUAAAAUAAAUUCUGCGUCAUGUCUUGUCAAUUCGAGAACUUGAGUUCCUGUUCAAACUCUUCAGACAAUAAUCCUAUGGCUAUGUUUAGCAUGUGUUAAAACCAAUGUAGGAUUCUUUGUGUUGUAUUGCGCACAGCAUGAUUAGGAAUUACAAUAUUCAGUGUCAACAGAAGCAUUCUUAAUUUUAUGAAAAUUUUAUCACGCUGCCGACAUUCCAUAACCAAUAAUUUGUCUGUCAGUCCGGAACCUUCUGGUACCCCCAGGGAAAUAUUAGGGGCGGACCAUUAGAAAUCCCGGGAGGGGGUGGGGGGUAUAAAAUGUUUGCGGCACGAAUUUUUUUUCAGUUUCAUGUCUCUGCAGGAUUUUUUUUAAUGCAUUUAACCUCUGCACGAAUUUUUUUUCAAGACUAUUUGUACUUUGCUGUUUGCUUGCACGAUUUUUUUUUCUCUGAGUUAAUGGCUGCACGAAUUUUUUUCCAGGCAUUUUUCUUUGCACGAAUUUUUUUGGGGGAAUUUUCACCCCCCCCCCCUCCCGGGAUUUCUAAUGGUCCGCCCCUUACUGAAUAUAGCCAUAUAAUAUGGAACUACUAUUGAAAGAUUUUGUAGAUUUCUCUGCCAGAGGCCCUAAACUGCAUGUUCAUGUCUGAUUUAAAUUAGUACUGUUAAUGCUAUCCUGCAGGUCAUUCCUGUGUUUUCUGUUGACUAAACUGGUCAUGAUUAAGAUCGGAUGCAUUGUUGAAUGCAACAGACAAAUCCUAUUAUAGACUAUUUUAAAACUAGGCAAGGAGAUGCAAAUAAAUCACAACAGCUAGAAAGAGCAUACCAAAAUGAGUAAAAUUAUACAAACUUUGGUUGCGAAAUAGUUGUAAAAUGCGGAAAAUAUAGCCUUGCAAACUUUGCAAAUUUUGUCAUACUUUUGUAUUGCGCCGGUGCGGAAAUUGCCAUAUACCAUUUUCGUCCCAAAUGUGGUAGCGAUUUCCGCACGCAAUACAAAAGUAUACAAAAUUUGCAAGGCUAUAUUUUCCGCAUUUUACAACAUUUCGCAUUUGUGUUUUAAAAUACCAAAAGGUCUAGUCAGCCGUUACUAAUUAGUAAAUAGAGCCUGCUACGCAGGCUACCGACCAUAAAAUUGGUUCCAAGACAAAUUGUCAAAAUUUUAGUCUAAUUCUUGAUAACUACUAACUGAUGGAGGCAUUAUUCCAGCUUUAGACGAAAUUUUGAUCUAGACAAGAUCGAAGAACCAAAUUAAAUCCAUUACCAUAGAAGUCAGUUGAAAUGAGUAUAAAAUUGCAAAGUUCAGUUGCCGCCGAAUUGUUGUAAAAUGAAGGAAAUAUAGCGCUGUGAAGUUCAAAAUUUUGUAUAUAUUUGACGUUACGGCGCGGGAAAAAUGAUCAUUUUUGAGCCGAAAGACGGAAAGUGGUUAUUUUUACCGCGCGUAAUACAAAUAUAUACAAAAGUUGCGAACUUCACAAGGCUAUAUAUUUUCUUCAUUUCAGUACGACAUUUAGCAAUCAAUCUUUGCAGUUUUACUCAUUCUAAGACGCUCUUUCUAGCUGUGCUGUUGGAUUUCGUUCUUGUUUGAUUGAUCAAAAUUUAGUUUAGGCCACAUAAAAAAAUUACUUGUUUAGCGUCCACCCAUUUUAAUUUUUCUAGGUCGGGCGGACGGAUUUUUUUUUUUUUUUCGUAAAAUGCAACACAAAAUUCUGCUAAAUGCAGGAAAUCCAGUAUAUUACCACAGUCAAAACUCACUUUAAUUCUUUCAAAAUCCGUUCAUGUUUUUUAACUUCCCGUUCAUGUUUUUAAUAAAACAGAAAAUUACCGUUUGGCGGUCACGCGCGAACACUUUAGCUGCGAACAGGCAUAUUCUGGGAAGGAAACUUUGUGUAAACGUAUUACAUAGCUCCCAGAAGAAUAAAAUCACCAUUUUUUCAAGUAAAACGGUCUUUUUAUAGAGAGUUUUUCCACUAAACUCGGACAAAUUUUUAAAAAAAAAUUGGAGGUCGGGGACUUUUAUCAGGUCGGGCGGGGACGCUAAACAAGUAAUUUUUUUUAUGUGGCCUUAUAGCUGGAAUCACUCAUUACUACAUUAGUCGCAUAAAAAUCUGAAACAUAUACUGUAGCUAUCGUAUUUCUGGGGGGACUCCCUGUAUAUAGCCAAACAUUUCUGAUGUUUUGAGCGACUCUUUUAAAUACCAAGUUAAUGAUUGCAUUAUACUAAUGUAAUAUCAUAGGAGGCAUCUCUUUAUAGUAACAAACACAACAUUUAUAACACAAUAAAUGAACAACUCAUAAACCAUGUCGUAAUUAUGAUGUAAAUUGAUGGGAUAAAAAAUUGCGUUUGACCUAGGUGCUGGGAUCUCACUGGUCACAGUGGGAUAAAAUUUUCCACAUAAAGGCUUCAUAUGGAUAUUUUGUACCGAUUUUGACCUAUAUUAAAAUAUACCGGGUGCCUCAGUUUUUCAGUUUCAUGUAACGUCAGCUAUAAAAGCUGUCGCAAUGAAAUAAAGAUCACUUAAUGCCAGAAGCAUUGUGUCAGCCUUGCAAAAGUACCUCUGGUAGACCAUAGCCUAAGAUGGCUGUGAAACUCAUUAGAAUAAUAAUAUAACUCAUUAUCUAUGUUAGGGGCCGAUUACAUGGAACAUUUUCAACCCCGGGGCUGAACUCAGCCCUGUUUACCGGGUUGAAAUUUCAGCCCUGUCUGUAAUACAAAACUCUAUCAAAAUCAAACGCCGAUUACAUGACAAAAUUUUCAACCCAGGGCUGAGUUCAACCCCGGGGUUGAAAUUUCAACCCAGGGCUGAAAUUAUCAUGAGUUAUUCGAGCAUACGUGGUAGUGAUUAUUUAUUACAAGAAAACAAAAUAAAGGCUUUUUUACUUCCGAGAAUCGAUGCCGAGAACGUAUAGUAUAGCGUUUCAACCCCGGGCUUGAAAUCGCCCAUGUAAUCGCAAAAAAAUUCAACCCGGUUAACAGGGCUGAGUUCAACCCCGGAGUUGAAAGUUGUCCAUGUAAUCGGCCCCGGCCCUUAGUCAACGUUUAUUUAUAAAUCUGGUCGUUUCACCGUCAUGUGUGCAUUGUAUUUUUACCAACUAACUAAACUUAGAUUUUGAUAUAGGCCUAUAACGUUUAAUUAAUUUACAUAUGGCAAUAUUGGGUAAAAUACAACCAAAAUAAAAAUAUUUAUUAUUUAACAAGUAUAUAACUACAUCGGUAAUUAUAAGGUUGUUUUAUGUUAUUUUUUGGCAUUAUUAAAGUAAUGACACUAUUAAAGUAAUAAUAGAAGAUGCAGUUUGCUUAAUUCCAACCAAAACGAUUUCGAAGUCCGCCAUGUUGGCAUAAUAAUGUCGAUCCAUACCGAGACUGGAUAUUAAUUAUAGGUGGGCUGAUUAAAAACAGUCAUCAUGAACAGAGAACUGAAAUAAUAUUUUACACACUCGCAACCAUUUGACUAACAAUAUCAGAGCCGCAAUAUCCAUUGAAAUAAUUUAUUUUGACUAAUAUAGGAGUUUGGCCAGCUUGGAAUGCUUAUAUAAUUAGAGGAAUUUCAGCCAGCUAUUAUACAAUUAAAAGUGCCAUUCUCAGCAGUUGCAAGGUUAAUAAUGUUUUUGCUAUAAUUACUCAUUGGCAUAGAUGAGAUAAUAUUCAUAUGUUAAAAUCCAGACAGCGUGGGCUAUUCAGCAUUUUAGUGCCUAAUGAUUUUACCAUCUGUCUGUCUCAAAUGGCCGUACCAUUAAUAUUACUUAUUUAAUUCCUUCCGCUCUGCUAUCUCGCAAUAUACUACACUUGGCCUUGGGCAAUGUCACAGCUCCAAGUUUGUGGGAUUUUUCAAGUUAGUACUAGCUAUUAUUAUUAUUAUUGCUGCUGCUGGUGGUGUUGAUGUUAUUGCCAAGUUGUUUUUGUUAUUGCUAUUGGUGUUUGGUUGCAUGUUUCUGCCAUUCUUGUUCAGUUAAUGUUAUUGUUGUGGUUGUUUUGUUGUAGCUAGUUGUUGUUGUUACUGCUGUUGCUUGUUGUUCUAGUUUUUAUUUCUAGUUGUUUUAGUUCGCUGUUACUGCUGUUGUUGUUAAUUGUAGUCAGCUGCAGUUGUUUUGUCGUUGUUAUUGUCGUAUUACUGAAUAGGGAGCUUUAGCAGCGUCUACGAGUACGAGUAAAAUCCCCUACAAAAUUGGCCCCUUCUAUGGGGAAUAAUACACGAAUUCAGUGCAAAUAAGUCAUGAAUAAGUGGGGUUAAAAUCGAGGCAGAUACUUAGUAUUAAUAGAUUAUUUGCACCAGGUACAAAUCAUGUUUGAAAAACAAAUAAAACUCAACAUUCUUUGUUUUUUAAAAAGUCGUCAUGAGGACUACGAGAUUUCUCCAAAAUUUCGUACUCAGAUGGGCGACAGCUAUGACUUUUUCGCGUCAUUAUGGGAUGGCGUAAGCAUACAGUGUGCGUUUCGCAUUGACAAAUCUCGUAGUCGCUGCUAAAGCUCUCUAUUGGUGAUGUUGCUGCAGUUGUUGUUAUUGUUGCUGCAGUUGUUGCUGUUGAUGUUGCUGCAGUUGUUGCUAUUGUUGCUGCAGUUGUUGCUAUUGUUGCUGCAGUUGUUGUUAUUGUUGCUGCAGUUGUUGCUAUGCUUGCUGCAGUUGUUGUUAGUGUGCGUUUCGCAUUGACAAAUCUCGUAGUCGCUGCUAAAGCUCUCUAUUGGUGAUGUUGCUGCAGUUGUUGUUAUUGUUGCUGCAGUUGUUGUUAUUGUUGCUGCAGUUGUUGCUGUUGUUGCUGCAGUUGUUGCUAUUGUUGCUGCAGUUGUUGCUGUUGUUGCUGCAGUUGUUGCUAUUGUUGCUGCAGUUGUUGCUAUUGUUGCUGCAGUUGUUGUUAUUGUUGCUGCAGUUGUUGCUAUUGUUGCUGCAGUUGUUGUUAUUGUUGCUGCAGUUGUUGCUAUUGUUGCUGCAGUUGUUGUUAUUGUUGCUGCAGUUGUGUUGCUGCAGUUGUUGCUAUUGUUGCUGCAGUUGUUGUUAUUGUUGCUGCAGUUGUUGUGUUUGCUAUCACUAUUUUAAAAUUUGUUACUGCAAUUGUUGUUAUUAUUACUGCAGUUGUUGUUGCUGUUGUUGCUGUUGCUCCUGUUGUUGUCGUCGUCGUUGUUGUUGCUGCUGUUGCUGUAGUUGUUUUUAUUGCUUUUAUUGCUUUUGUUUUCGUUCUGGCUGCUGCUUCUUAUUAUAGUCCAAAGCGAAUAAUUGACUUUGGUACCAGGUAUUGUAUUUGUAGCACGGAAAUCGAGCCUCGAGCACUCCCCUCUGUGUAUCGAGGGGGGGUGUCCUCGAGUUUCUUCCCAGACGAAAAACUAACCCUUAAAGGUGCUCUACAGUCCGUAUGUAAACAAAGCCUUUGUUUACAUUUUUGUGUCCAAAAAAUUGAGCUUUAUUCGACAACUAUUUAUAUUUUCAAGCUUCUAGAGUAUAAUAAAUGAUCAAGAAACAAUAAUCAGGCUUUUCAAGAACCCAAAACAUAGUUAAACUGUUUGUAUAAUAAAAAGUGGGCUCCUUUGUGCACAUGCGCAGAUCGGACUGUAGAUCACCUUUAAGCUAGCGAGUUGUCAAGCACCUGUAUGAUAAGCGUCUGCCUCUGGUGAUAAAUAAUCACACACAAUCGUUUAAAUUUCAGGUAUCUGGUUCAGCAUGCAUACAAUCAACCCUGGAACGGAAUCAAAAUACAAGAUCGUCCAAUGUGAGGAUCCUUCAUGCAAUAUUUGUACAUCUACGGUAUUUGAUGGAUAUGGAAUGCCUCCUUCACCACCAAGUCAGGGGAUAGUUGUGUACACAUGUAGUAAUCCCUCGUGUUCCCUGUGCGACGGUGAUUAUAGCCUUUUGUUAGAUAUUAUCCAUCCAACGCUGCCACCCGAAGAAGACUGGGCACUAAUGCAAGAACAGACAAACGGACACAUGACGUCAUCUUUAAAAAGAGACGAUAAAACGCAGGAAACAAAAAUUGAGAACACGAGGCUGGCUAAACGCAAGUUACCCAGUCACAUUGGACGUGGAGCCAAGCUGAGAAGACAAUCAAUAAAUAAUGAUGUGAUCAAUACAAGUGAUCAUGUAAUCAAUAAAAGUGAUCAUGAAAUCAAUAGAAGUGAAGAUCUAUACAAUAGUGUUGAUGAUAAUCAAUUGAUGAGCUUAGCAAUGGAACUUGAGCUCGAUAAAAUACAUUGUCUGCCUGAUCUGCGAAAGGAUUUAAUAACAGAACUUACAAUAUAAACUGUGUUAGAUAAAAGAUAGUAUUCAUAAUCGACUUUACAACUGGAUUCCACGGGGAUCUUCACUUCAUUGUACAUAAUAAUAUAUCGCACGCGUCUGUAAACACACUUUCUCGCUUAGCCGAGAAUAGAACCUAGGAUUUAAAUUUCAAAUUUACGGAUUAUAUGGUGGGUAAACUUAUGUAUACAGAUUUGAAAUUGCUCUCAAUUUCGCAAAACAGCUACUAGUAUCCAGUUUUUGAUAUAUAUGACUUCUUUGGGUACUUAUAAUGUAGAAUAAGGAAAAAAUUCUCGAACUCAAAUUUUGUAAACCAAGGGUGUGUGUCUUUUUCAACAGAUUAAAAAUGGCUUGCGCACGCGAUUUAAAAGCUUCAAUCGUAUUUUGAGUUAAUGGGUGAAAAAUGUGUUGGGUGUUUAAUUGCUGCCUGAAAUUUGCUUCAGUUUAAGCCCUUUAACUAUUCACGCAAACUUACAUUUUUCCUAAAAAAUCAGCCCUUUGCAUGCUUAAUUAAUGCCUUUGCCUAAUUUGCAUAUGUCAGCAAUAUGCAAAUUAGGUAAAGGCAUUAAUUAAGCAUGCGAAAGAUUGAUUUUUUUAGGAAAAAAUGAAUAGUUACCUUAAACUAAAGCAAAUUGUCUGUAAUUUUGUACAGUAAUUAAAAACCCAACAAAUUUUCCAUCCAUUAACUAAAAUACAAAAAUCUUUAAAUUUCGUGUGCAAGCCAUUUUUAGUUUGUUGGAAAGAAACACUCCCCUGGUUUACACAAUUUGUGUUUACAUUAUGGGUACUCAAGGAAUCUAUAUAUAACAAAAACUUAAUACCAUGAGCUGUUUUGCGAAAUUGAGAAAAAUUUCACUGAAUCUGUUCAGUUUUUUUAUAUUCCCUGUAUAUUUAAAUGAUUUAUCUACACAAGACAUAACCUGUAUAAAUGAUGGGACCGAAUUGAACCUGUACAUAUUUGGCACAAUAAUUGUUUAAUUAAUUAAAUUUAUCACAUUUGUACAUAUAGAAAUGAAUGUAAAUAUUGCAAUUAUAUAAAUAUAACCAUGGUAAAUAUAUAACAAGCAGGCA